AUGUCGCAUUCUGGUGUUCUUCACGAAUAUGCUCCUAGGCUUGUAGCUUUCGAGUUCACAUCGCCUGAGAAGCCAAAUAAACCGAACAGCUUGAUCUUCGUGGGCGGGUUGACCGAUGGGUUUUCCACAGUCCCCUACGUCGCUCCCUUAGCUAAAGUCCUCGAACCAACGGAAUGGUCCGUCUUUUCCAUCCUACUCUCUUCAUCCUAUAAUGGAUUCGGAGUUAGCAGUCUUGACCUCGACGUAGAGGAGAUCGCGCAAUGUGUGCAAUUCAUUCGAAAACUGAAGGGUGAAUCUGGAAAGGUUGUGGUCAUGGGCCAUUCCACAGGCAGUCAGGAUGUUAUGCACUAUCUUUACUCGCCCAAUCCUCUUUCCAAGAACUCUGAUUUCGACAUUAGUCUCAAGUACCUGACCCGCCCGAAGCUUGACGGUGCCAUCAUCCAAGCACCAGUUUCGGACCGGGAGGCUGUUAAGCACCUCAUCAAAACAUCCCAUCGACCCAACGAAGCCCAGAGCGCUUACGAUGAGCUCGUAAGCGCUGCUAAGAGACAGCCCUGGACUGAGGAUAAGGUGGAAUCGAUCCUUCCAAUGAAUCUGACCGGGCUUCUGGGGUUGCCGGGCGAUGCACCUCUCAGUGCCCGCCGAUUCCUAAGUCUGGUCAGCCCAGACAGUCCUCAGAAUCCAGCACAGGACGAUCUUUUCAGCUCCGACCUGACUGACAAACGUCACCAGGAAACAUUUGGGCAAAUUGGUUCGCGAGGCAUUUUGAGCUCCAAGUCUAAGUUCUUGGUUCUAUACUCGGGUAACGAUGAGUAUUGCCCACCGUGGGUCGAUAAAGAGGCUUUGCUGCAGAGAUGGCAACAGGCGACUGAGGCCGGGGGUGUUUCUUGGGAUGCGGAAAACGGCGGGAUCGUUCAUGGUGCCAUUCACAAUGCCGAUGGCAAUGGCCAAGAAGACCUGAUUGGUCGCGUGGCGCGGUACCUGCAAAGCAUCUGA